AUGUGCUUUGCAAAAAUAAUUGAAUAAAUAAAAUUAAGACGUGCAUUUAGAAUAUGGUCUAAUAAAAAUUACUAAAAAUCUUCCCUAAGAUCUCCUCUUAAAUAAUAAUAUAUAAAUACAAAUAUAACUUACAAUCCAAAAAUUAAAAAUUUACUAUCCCCAAACUAUACAAUAAUUGACUAAAAUAAUUUUUUUAAAAUAGAAAGUCCAAAAGUAGACAUAAAAUAAAAACAAGAGGAAAAACUUCCAUUAAAUUUAAAAUUCGGAGACAUAAUAUAUUUUAAAUGUUAUAUAGAUUAAAGAAAAAAGGGAAUAGUUUCAGGUGAUGGAAUAGCAAAUAAUCAAUUAGAAUGCCUUCCUUAAGAAUUUAUUGAUAUAUUUGAAGCUUUUGAGAAAAAAGACAAUUAGAGAAAAAGCUCCAAAAACUUUUCUGUUUUUAACAAAAGUGCAUAACUUUAAUUCCGAAAAUGUCUUUUUUAAAUUGUUAAUGAGAAAAAAUAUUACUAUUAAGAUAAAUUUUACAAAGCGAAACUUUUAGAAGAAGAAAAUUUAAAAUUUGAAGCUAUGGCUUAACUUGAAAACAAAACCAAAAAGGAAUUUGAGGAAAAUGAAACCAAUUAUGAGAGAUUAAUUGGUUUAAAUAUUAAUUAUGGGUAAGGUUUUUAACUUAAGCACGUAUUUAGUUAGUGUUAUUUGACUUUAAAUUAAGAUAUUUUAGCCUCUGAGAAUGGAUGCAGGGAAAUGGUUUUGUAGUAAGUUUCCAAUCAAUAUUCUAACUUCACAAUUUAUUCUGUUAAAGGUUCAAAGGAAGUAGGCGAACCAGUACUUUAUUCAGAUUAGAUAAAUAUAAGAAAUUUAUAAAACAAAUAAUACUGGCUAAAUGUAAAUAAAUUAAAAUAGAAUUAAUAAUAUAAUUAAGGCUUGGAAGUGAAUGCAUCUGAAACUAAUACUGCUUUUAAAGUUUGUUGUUAUAUGGAUUAUAAAACAAAUAUAGAAAGGGAAAGUAGUAAAGGGAAAAUCCUAUAAGUAGGUGAAAUUGUACAUUUAUAUAAUAAAAGUUUAAGCGGUUUUUUGGCAAUAAAGAAUAAUUUUGAUAUGAAAAAAAUUUUAUCAGAAAGAGUUAAUAUAUUUUCGUAUAAUAAUAAUAAGUUUUAUAUGAAUCAAGACUAUUUAGACUUUAAUUAUACCAAACAUUAACUUCGGAAUCUUUUCGAAUUGUGUGUACAUAAGGAAAAUGACUCUGCUUAUACACAGGAGGAGUAGUCUAAGAUUAUGUAGGAAAAUUAAGAUUUUAAUAUUUAUAUUUUAUGGGAAAUUCAAAAAAUAGAAUCUUUUUCAAGUACUUUACCUAAAUAUAAGGAAAAGUUUAGAAUUAAAAAUGUUUGUACAGGACUUUAUUUAGUACUCUAAAAUAAUAAACUAGAAUUAACUUAUGAUGGAGGGUUAAAAGAGUGUGAGUUUUAUCUCCAUCCGAAUAGAUAUUUUGAAUUAAAUAGUAAUAUUGUGUAUAAUAAUACUAUUAAGAUUUAGGCGAGUAAUACAAAAGGGGGAACUAGUAUUGUGUUUGUGUAAGAAGAUGAAGGGGAAAAUGAAAGUAAAGUAAUUUGUAAAGAAAAAUAAGAUUUGGAUAAAAAAAACAUUGAAAUGACUUAUUUUGAUGUUACACCUUCAGAUUAAAAUAAAAGAAUAAUUGCUGAUUAAAUAUCAAGUUUAUUUCCUUCUUUGUUUGAGUUUUAUGGGUUUUUAUAAAAUUGGGGAAUUGAGUUUAAUAAUUUGGAAAUAUCUUAUACUUACAAAUGCGCGUUUGAUAAUUAAAAAGAAUUAAAUAAUAAACUAUAACACUUAUAAUAAACUAUUCAAAAUUUGAAUUAAUUUCUGGAUGUUGAAGAUUCUAUUUUGUAUAAAAGGUAAAUUAUUUUAUUGCAAAAUGGUAUAGUUAAUUUAAUUGUUUAUAUUUUGAAAUAAAUACAUUUUAAAAUAUAUGGACAACAUUAAGGAGAUAAUUAGUUUGUUUAAAUUAAUGAAAGAUCUCCGUCUAAAAUAGCUUAGAUUUAAUUAAAUUAAGCUGUUUAAUAUUUAUAUUAAGUACUUGUAUAAACAAUUAAAGGAAAUUCUUAAAUUGCUAGUUAUAUUUUAAGUCAUAAAAAUAAUUUCUUAGGUUUCUUUUUAAAUUAAUUAGAAUUUUAUAGUGUAAAAAAAAUAUUUAUGUAUUUAUAAUAAUAUUAAUAAUAAUAUAUUAUAAAUUUUAUAUUAAUAUAUAUUUCUAUAUAUAUAAAAAAGGAAGUAAAGGUCCUAUUAAAAGAAACAGUUAAAUGGAUGGAAGCAACAGAGGAAAAAGAGGAAGAAAAUAUUCAAAUAUGGACAAGUAAACUAUAAACUAUAAAUUAUAAAAACAUUGAAAUAUAAACUUUUAUUGCCGAAUUACUUGAAUUGUCUAUUUAAUCUCCUUUAGGAAAAGCCAUAACUUAAAAUUAAAAAUACUGUCGAAAAUACAUAUUUAAAUAUCCCAUAAAAAAGCCUAAAUUUGACUAUUCAUUAAUAAGAUUUGAAUUCCGAGAUAAUAUUCCUAUAAUAAUAUUUAAUAAACCAGAAGAAAUUGGGACUGAUAGAAAUUUCGAAAUAAACAAUGAAAAAUUAAUUCUUUUAUAUGAGGAAGCAAGGAAAAGUUAAGAAUUAAAAAUGAAAACUUUCAAAUAAGGAAUUUAAAAUAAUUACUAUGAAUUAAAAUUCAUAAAUGGAUUUAUUGAGAAAAAAUUAAAAACGAAAUCUUUAGGAAUCCUCCAAUAAUAUGAAGAUUAUGUAAUUUAAGUUUUAUAAUUAUAUGUAUCUUUAUGUAAAGAGAGAAACCCAAAAAUUAUUGAAAUUUUAAAUAAUUAAGUAGGACUUACUAAAACUUUUGUAAAAGAAUGUAUUAAGAUUUUUAAUCCUUUUGAUUUUAAUUAGUCUUAAUUUUAUCAUUUGAGGUAUUAUAACUGCUUUUUGGGACUCUAUUAAUAAUUUUUGAUUGAUGUGGAACCUUUGAUGAGAAUCUCGGAAAAUUUAAACUCAUGUCUAAUUAGGGAAGAUUUAAAGAGCUUUACUAUAACAGACAGAUCUUUUAAGCUUUUUUAAAAAUACACAAUAAAAAGUAAAUAUAAAGCUGAUAUGGCGAAUACUUUAAAGAUGAAUAUGAAGGAAUUAGAAUAAAAGGAAAUUAAUGAAGAAAAUGAUUAUGUGAAAUAUUAACUAUUUAAAUAAUAUGCAGAAUAGAUAGUUAUGUAAGAGGAAAAUAUAUAUAAGCAUUCAUAAGAACUUAUAAAUUAAUUAUUUACUGAAUCAAAUGAAAUUCCAUAGUAAUUAAAUAUUAAAUUACAUAUGGAUAUGAAAAAUAAAAACCCGAAUAUUAAUAUUGAUAUUGAAAAAUUUUCUCUUUAUUUACUAGAUGUAAUACUUUCAAGUCUUAAUGUAGUCAAAAAUAGAAUCGAUUUAGGCUUCAAUGAUCUUGCUAGUAAUCGGAGAAUUAUUAAGUAUUUACCAAAUAUAUUUGUUGGAUACAUUUAAUUUUGGAGCGUUUAGAAAGAUGAGAAUUUUGUGCAUUUUAAAAAUUAUAAAAAAAAUUGGCUUUGUGCUUUUAUGUUUGAUAAUUUGUAAUUGUGUAAAGAUAACUUUAUUGUUGUUAAAGUAUAUUAUUUUUAUAUAAUUAUAUUUUUUUAUUUUAUUUUUUUAAAAAAAAGAUAUUAUUAGAAGCAUUAAAUAUAUUUAAGGUAUUAGAAAAUUUAAAUAGAAGCUUAAUAAUAGUAGAUUAAAUAAAAAGAGAAAUGGGUUAAAGAGUAAACUUUGUGA